CGCGACGCGGGGACGGCGGCUGGCGCCGGAGUUGUUCGCCCGAGCCCGGGCGGCGAGACGCUCGGAGGGAGCCCUGCCAGCUCCGGCUCGGGUCGGCUCGGCUCGGCUGGGCUGGGCUGGGCGGCCCGGAGGGAGCGCGCCCGGGGUUACGCCCGCGCCCGAGAGUGGCGCGCGGCGGGGAGGGCGCCAUGGACCCCAAGGCGGGCGGCGGCGAGGAGGAUGACUGUGUGGACUCGGGCGCCGAGACCGGAGGGUCUGACUACAGCCACAUGUCCUCCACCAGCAGUGAGCUUUCUGUGGAGGAGGCACAGGACCCUUUCCUGGUUAGCAUCCACAUAAUCGCAGACCCAGGGGAGUCCCAGCCCCUGCAGGAGGCCAUCGACAAGGUCUUGGCUUGGAUCCACCCAGAUCUGCAGCUGUUCAGGGUCUCUGAAAGGAGGGCAUCCCGGCGGCGCAGGAAGCUCCCCAAGGUGGCACAGCCGGCGCUGGCGGUGGUUCUCUUUCUGCAGGAGGAGUACGGCGAGGAGCAGAUCCUGCAGCUGCACCGCACGCUGCAGCGGCCGCCCUGGCGCCACCACCACACGGAGCGCGUGCCCGGCAGGUUCCUGCCCUACCUGCCCUGCAGCCAGGACUUCUUCACGCUGGCCCCCGGGACCCCGCUGUGGGCCAUCCGGCCCGUGCACUACGGCAGGGAAAUCGUGCGCUUCACCAUCUACUGUCGCCACGACAACUACGCCGACAUCCUCAAGUUCUACGAGCUGAUCCUCAGGCGGAGCCCCAGUCAGAAGAAAACGGACUUCUGCAUCUUCCCCAUUUUCUCCAAUCUGGAUGUGGACAUCCAGUUCUCCCUGAAAAGACUGCCCAGUGACCAGACUCCAGUCCCCACCGACUCCUCCGUGCUGGAGUUCCGAGUCAAGGACAUCGGUCAGCUGGUGCCUCUCUUGCCCAACCCCUGCAGCCCCAUCAGUGAGGGGCGCUGGCAGACAGAGGACCACGACGGGAACAAGAUCCUUCUGCAGGCACAAAAGGUACACAAGAAGUUUCCCAAACCCAGCAGAGCUCACCACUCAGAGCAGAAACCUGAUUCCAUGCCUUCCCCGAGCGCCACUGCACUGAGCUGUACACCUGGCAGCAGCCAGCAGCCGCUCCUGGACAGUUCACACCCAGGGCUCAGCCAGACGGGCCUGCCUACUAGGCACCAGCAGGAAUUUGCCAGACGAGCCAGCGUCCCUCCCAGCCUCCCAUGGUCUUUUCAGAGAAGCAAGUCCUUGUUUUGUUUGCCUACAGGAGACCCCUCCCCAGCCUCCUCAGCUGUACCACAGUGGUUUUCAAACACAGGUGCCCCAGGGCACAGGGCAUCGGAGUGGAGGCACAGCCAGCUCUUCUCCAUCGAUGACUUAGAGGGGGCCCAGGAGACAGACGUGGACACGGGCCUACGGCUGUCCUCCUCAGACCUUUCUGUGGUCUCUGCGUAUUCUGCACCUAGCAGGUUCUGCGACACUGUGGAAACAUCCCUCACCUCCGAAAGAUGCAGCAGCCACUGGUCAAAGCACAAAGGUUCCAGAGAAGGACCACUGCCCACUGGGAGUGGGGUGGCCACAGAGACCUCCUGGGCUUCCCUCCCUUUCUUCACCAAAGGGCCUCCCACCUCCUCGGCAACAGCUGUUGCUGCUCCCCCAGCUUCCGGCGCCUCCUCACUCACAGAGUCAUCCCCAGAGCUCCCUUGUGAGGCUCCCAACGCCAAGCAGACUGGCAGAGACGACCCACCACCUCCAGCAUUGCCUGGACCUGGGGACAAUGACACGGAGGAAUUCUACAUCUGAGCACCCUCUACUCUUGUUUUUCAAGUAAGCUCAGACACACAGGCUCAGGCCCCACUGUCCUUCUGGAGUCUGAAUGCCACCCAAGUUCUCAGCCCCGCUCCCCCAGGUCUGUCUGGGAUCUAAUUUCCCGUUUCACGGGGAUCGUUAGCACAGUUGCCAUUCCUCCGAUUCUUACUGAGAGGUGGUAUUUUCUAGGGACUUGGUGGGAAAAUACUGGCGUUUUUAUGCAAAUAAAUUUUCAGCAAACUUAAGUUGUAAAAUAGAUUUUUUUUGAAUACUCGAUUCCAUUUGAGAUAUGGUUUAGUGUGCUUAUACAAUUUAAAUGCUUCAUAUGAUUAUUUGAAGUGAAAAGAAAACCUAGUCAGCUGGAGCUGAUUUGGCAAUUUUUCAUGCUGUGAAGGAGAAACAAUUAAGGCCAAAAUGUUGAAUGUCGGAAAGAUCCUAAAUGACCUGAGCCAGAGACUAGUGCACAAUAGCAUAAUGUGCCCCUUCCAGGGAACAGUGGCCCUAAGAAUUUCCAAGUACUGCUUACAGUAAAAAUCAGCGUGAUAAGACAGUAAACAUAUAUCAGACUACAGUAAUACCACCCCUGGAAACCAUGCAACCUCUGAAAAUCUGGAUUUUCACAAAAGUGGCUGAUAUGCUUUAUAGGGAUUUAGUAUGAGUAACAGACUGUUGGUGCAUUUAAAAUGUGAUUUGAGUUGCAAAAACUAGAUUUGCAUACACCUUUCAACAACCCACCUACUGUAACAAGUGAGGAUCUGUAGGAGCCACGCCGCUACCUGGAUUUAUUUGGGUUACUGGGGCGGAAUCAUUCGUUGGAGUUACAGAGUGACAGAAUAGUAGACAUAGUGGGUAGUCUUAAGAUCCUUCCAUUUUAAAAACCACAACCUAAGGACUGUGUGUGUGUGUCACAUUUUUUACUGUUUUCUCCAGUAAAUGUGCAUCAUGUACACUCUGUCUUUUUCAUUUUUAAAUAAUUUGUAACAUUUUAACUGGCAUUUCCAUUGCACAGGUUAAUAAAUGCCACCUCUUCUCCAAAUGGAAAGCUUUACACGGGAUGCUGUCCUGAACACUGUUGCAUUGCCAGCCUUCUGUGAGUGCACAAGAGCCUUAAUUAAAGCUGGAGCUCUAGCCCCCA